AUGCCGAGUUUGAUCGAAAAGAUCCAAGCUAAGCUUGAGCUAUUUCGGCUCGAGAAGCGGUACACGCGCAACCGCCAUCGUCGCUCGGCUUUCAUCAGCAACGCCAUCUACGUUGAUGGCGAAUACAUAUACCAGACCCCGAACACUACCGGAUCAUCUACCAAUAGCUCUUCCACCGCCGCUUCGUCUCCAGUCGAAGAGCCCAGUAGACGUCAUAGUGCUGUUGUCGAAGAGCCGAGAAGCCGUUACAACACCGAUCCGCAGACGCCAGCGCAGAAGAAGCGAUUAAACCGAUUCUCAACAAUGCCGGGAUUUGGCUCCUCAUCGAAGCGCAGCUCUAGGGACUGGAAACCAGAUGUCGUCGACGUGAGCGAGGUACGGUGA